GACGGCCCGCCUAGCUGGCGACUUCUUAGUAGGGCCGGUGCCAUAUGAUCUAGUGGUGGGACUUGAUUGGCUGACGGAGCAUAGGGUAGCGUGGUAUUUCCAGUCAGACAAGCUUCGUACGUAUGUGGACGGCCAGUGGUGCGAUCUACCGGUGGUUCGGGCCACCGACGCCACACAACGGGACGGCCGUACGUUAGGGACGCGUCAGCGGACCCCCGCCGAGCAGGCGUACGACAUACUGGCUAAACAGGUGGCUGACAUGACUAGGGAGGAAGCUACGGCUCUCCUAAGCCCACCCUCUAAGAGGUAUAAGCCACCCCCAAGGGGCAAACGGAAAGCAGUGGUCGCUGCCCUGUUACAGCAGGCUUCGGAGAGUGCAGCUUGCAUACAUCACCCACUUCAAGGGCUCAGCGUCAUGCUAACGCUUCCCGCGAUGGAGUCGGAUGUGGCUGUGCGUCUAAUGGAGGAGUGGCAAGGGGCUUUAUGUUGUGCCUUGGUCGAAGCCUCCCCUUCCAACCCCCGCCAACAGUGUCUUAAGGCACUGCCCGUUUCCGCGUUCCCCGACGACGAGGAAACAUCCCCUUGGCCAACGGCCAAGCUAGAGUACUCGAAAUUCGACACGUGGUUAACCUCCGAGGAGGCGCAGGAGACUCCCCGAGCGAUACUGGAUGUGUUGUGUGCCCACCGUGCGGUCUUUCCGGAUCAACUUCCUACCGGGUUGCCACCGAAGCGCCCCAACGAUCACCGCAUUCUUCUUGUGCCUGGAACGCUCCCUACGAAAUCCGCGAUCUAUCGCAUGACCCCCGAACAACUUCUAUUUCACAAGCAGGAGAUUGCUAAGCUGUCCGCUAAUGGGUGGAUAGGCCCCACCUACUCCCCGAUCUGCGCUCCUACGCUUAUGGUGGAUAAGCGAAGUGACGAGACAGGCGAGCGUAAGAUGCGCAUGGUUGUCAAUUAUCGGGAGCUGAACCCCCUUACGAUUGCGCCUGACUUUCCCCUACCACCUAUUCAAACGAUUCUUGAGAUGCUGGGGGGUGCCAGAUACUUUUCUACACUCGACCUCGAGUCGGGAUUUCACCAGAUAAGAAUGGCCAAGGAGGACCGGUGGAAGACAGCUUUCCGCUCGGUUGUGGGGUUAUUCGAGUAUAAGGUCAUGCCCUUUGGCCUCAAGGGCGCGCCUGCUACCUUUCAGGCCAACAUCAAUGCAUACCUGCAGCCUUUAUUGGGUCAGGGAGUCAUUGCAUAUCUAGACGAUGUCCUCAUUUACAGCCCCGACCUUCCCAGUCACGUUACCCUCCUCCAACAAGUACUACGUAUUUUCCUCGAUCAGCAAUUCUACCCGAAGUUCUCUAAAUGCAAGUUUGCGAAGCGGGAGCUUACCUACUUGGGCUAUACCGUUAGCGCGGAGGGUAUAAAACCCGCACCAGACAAGAUUCAAGUCAUUAAGGCGUGGCCCGAGGUGUUGCAGAACGAGACGCAAAUACGUCAGUUCCUAGGCACCGUUAACUAUUGCCGCAUGUUCAUGGGCCCGGAGUUUGCUAGGGUCGCCCGCCCACUCGUAGAUCUCACACGCAAGGGAGUCCCUUUCCAGUGGACAGACGCACACACUCAAGCGGUACGCCACCUCAAGCAGCGUUUGGUUGAUUACACCACCCUUCAGAUUC